GCCACAGGCCACGGACUCCGGAGUGGACCGAGUGGGAGAGCCGGAGGAAAGCCAGAACCGAGAACCCAGAGAGGCCGGAGGCUCUUUUCUCUUAUCUAGUGCAUAAAUUUCCGCAACAAUUUCCACGACCUGUGUUAUUGCUUCAACUCUGCUCAGGUCUGUCGGAAGAAGAAAAUGAGGCUCAUUCAUUUUGCGAAGUUGAAGCAGUCUAGAGUGCAGAGCCUUGCUGUUUUUAACAGACUAGUUGCCAGGCCAAGUUCCCUCAGCAGCUGCUCGUUGUCAAGUAAAACAACUUCAGACUUUCCACCUCCAUUUGUUCCAGUGUUCGGAAAGAUACAAGACCACCUGGACAAUGUUGCUGUGGUGGAUGUCUUGGGAACGCACUCUUAUUCUCAAUUACUAAAGUUUAGCCAAACGAUUCAGAGCAAACUCAAUCAGAUAAUAAACCCCCGAGAACAGACGCGAAUAUCGUUUCUGUGUCCCAGUGAUGUUCGCUAUGUUGCUGCUCAAUGGGCCUGCUGGCUCGGUGGCAACGUGGCAGUUCCCUUGUACCACCAGCAUCCCGACUCAUUGUUGGAGUACUACAUCAAAGACUCACAGACCACAGUCUUGUUGACUACCAAGGAAUACAGGGACAGGAUCGAGCAGCUUGGGAAAAACCUUAGCUUGCCCACUGUGGUGGUUGAUGGUCCAAUGGAUAAAGAAGUGGAUGCAUUUGAAGAAAAGGACUGGGACAUGCUGAAGGGCGAGGACGCCCUUAUGAUGUACACGAGUGGAACAACGGGGCCUCCCAAGGGUGUGGUGCUCUCCUUCGGCAACAUUCACUUUCAAGUGUCCCAGAUUCGGAAAGCCUGGGAGUGGGUGCCCGGAGAUGUUCUGCUGCAUGCUCUGCCUUUACACCACACGCACGGCAUCAUUAGCGGCUUACUGUCGCCUCUUUACUCGAGGGCUACGUGCUUGAUGCUGCCCAAGUUUGAUGCUGCGGAGGUAUGGAAACACCUUCUGCAUCUUGACAAAAGCAAGCCACCAGUGUCCAUAUUCAUGGCUGUGCCAACAAUGUAUGUGAAAUUGAUAGAACACUAUGAACAGCACUUGAGAAGGAACAAGGAGACAGUGCCUGAAGUAGUCAAGAAGGUAUUUGCGGAAAAUAUUCGAUUUGUGAUCAGUGGAUCAGCCUCCCUGCCUCAACCAAUAUUUGAGAAAUUUGAAGAAAUCACUGGCAUGACCAUCUUGGAGAGGUAUGGCAUGACAGAGGUCGGUGUACCACUCUCGAACCCACUGCAUGGAAAAAGGUAUCCAGGCUGCGUAGGCUAUCCAACGGCAGGGGUUGAAGUCUGCAUUGCUGAUCUGGAUCCCAGCUCCGACGUGGGCUACAACCCCUUGGUUAUCGGCACUGCUGAAGGCAGUCAAUUUCUUCAAGGACCAGAUCGCACUAGUGGAGAGCUGCUCAUCAGGGGAAGAAAUGUGUUCAAGUAUUACUGGAAUAAGCCACAAGUUACAAAGGACUCUUUCACCAAAGAUGGGUGGUUCAAAACUGGUGAUAGUGCCUCCUGCAUCGAAGGAGUGUACAAGAUCCUGGGCCGAACGUCUGCAGACAUCAUCAAGACGGGCGGCUACAAAGUGAGCGCUCUCGAGGUGGAGAGGCACCUCCUGGCCCACCCAGACAUCCUCGAGUGCACCGUGGUGGGUGCCCCAGACGACACCUGGGGGGAGCGGGUGGCUGCUGUGGUGGUACUCAAAGAGCCCUCCACUACACUAGAGUUAGCCCCACUGCGUGCCUGGUGCAAGGAACGCAUGGCACCCUACUGCGUACCCAGCUUGCUGCUCUGCGUGCCAGCCCUCGAACGCAACUUUCUCGGCAAGGUGAACAAAAAGGAGCUAGUCAAGAAGACCUGGCCUGCACCACAAAACUAGGGCUUUAGUACUGGGACGGCCCACUUCUGUUAGAUGGCACAUCGGUAAACCGCUGGCGUACAAAUAACAUCUUUAUUUGGGACGAUAGAAACUAGUGCGAGCAUGUCGAGAGUUGUACGUGGGCGAUUGGUAUUGGGCGGCGUGUGCAAACUACAGGCGGUGUUUCUCUAGCUAUCAUUUGUGACGUCGCGGGUAUGACAAACUGGGACAGACCGCGUAGCUCUUGGAUCCUUUGGCUUGUCAACUCGCUUCAUGCGCUGUUUGGGUAACGCGCAGCAAAGCCUGUUUCAUGCAUUGUGUUUAUUUGGUAAAGUGAUACUUGUACAGUACAAUCCACUUAUAACGAUAAUGAGAAAACCCGGAAAUUCAAUCGUUAUAACCAAUUAUUGUUGUAUCUGGGCUAGACUGAGCGUUUCUAGUCUAAAAGCGAUAGAAACGGAUCGUUAUAAGCAUGAUAUCAUUAUGAGCGGAUUACACUCUAGUAGGAUAUUUUGCCAAAACUUGAAACCACGGCACACAUAGUCGCGCUAACAUACACCUUUGGCGCUGAGGUGUCGAAGUGCUUGGAUGGUGGUGUGCUGUUCUCUACCCCAUGCUGUACAAAAAGCUGGAUGAUGAAAAUAGAAUAUUCAGCGCAUUACCCCACUACAGCAUCUACCACGGCAAAUAGGGAGUAUUUUCUAUAACGAUUGAGACAAAAUAAAACUGAGAAAGGAAUGCCUCAUCAAAUUGAAAAUAACAAAGCGAAAUUUGAGAACCUCUCGUGUGUUCAGUAAGCACUUAAGUGAAAGCGACUCCAUGUACUAUCCUGUUGGUUCUCAAGGAGGGCGCUCGGGAGGUGGCGCCACCAAAACAUCUUGUCGCCAAUAAGGUUAUGGUGUCAGAGUAUACUAUUUUUGUAACCAAGGGUAUAGUAUUAAAUGAGAAAGCAUGUCCUUUUUUUUUAUUGCAAUGGAGAUGCAAAACUUGUUUGUAUUGCUUUUUUUUUUUUUUUUUUUUUUUUUUUUUUUUUUUUUUGUGUGAAUGAUUUUGGUCAUUUCUUUGUGUUACUUUGCCAAACGUAUUUCGAUUAUAAUUGACUUUAAUGCAUUCCUAGGAGAUUGUUUGCGAAAAUAGUGAUUACAUUGAUUUAUUUACUGUAGUAGCGACGGUAUUUUUGAUCUACAAAUUUCUUCUCAAAAAACAACAAAGGUUCUCAUGUUCAUUACAUUUCCAUGCAGAACUGUGCUGCCCACCUAAAUAAAUAAAUUUUAGGGCGAGAAAACUAUUUUUCUCGCCCUAAAGCAAAACUGCUGGGCCGAUUUGAAUAAAGUUUAUUCUCUCUUUCAA